CAUUUAGUGCGAAUACAAGUUAUUAUUACUUGCGCAAUUGCUGCAAAGUGCUGAUGUGCAUGGCCACGUGGUCGUCUUACCUGUGGUCGCCCUGGCACGAAGCAAUUUUGGCCUGGCUCCGUUUGCUGGAAGGUUUGCUCGUUCCGGUGCUGCUCUUCUGUAAAGAUCAUGCCCUCCGCAGCGCUCUCAGAAGGACAUUUCAGAGAAGAAGCGGAGCCUUGUCACCCCUCGUAGGCGACGACGGCCCUUUCCAAAUGUAUUUCGACAAAGAUCAUUUCCGUAAAAGAGGUACAUUUGGCUCGGUGACUCCCAUCGGGAUUAUCACCAACUACCGCCGCACGCCAGGAAAGAAGCGUCGCACCCGCAAAAGUAGUGGCAAGUACACGCUACCUGGUCUACACAACGGGGAUUCGGUGUUGCCCAAGUCUUGUUUCAGUGCCAGCAUAUUGGGAACGGAACCGCUCAGCAAGCUAUCCUGCGCCGACCUCACGUCCCUGGAGAUGUGGCGCGAAGAAGACGAGGAAAAUUUUUAUGCCACCCUCUCUGACGAUUUUAGUUCAUUCAGCUGCAAAUCUGCGGACGACAGUGCCCUGAGCGAAGACAUUAGAAUCAACGAAGAGUUGUAUGGAGGGUCGUUCACCACUAUCGCCAACGACGACUUCGAGUUCCACGACACUAGGCCGUGUGGGGGCGAAGUCAAGAUGAAACCCGCCCUCACCCAGAGUCCACCCCACACAAACAGUUUCAAUGCAGGUGUUUCUAGAAAUGUCUCUUUCAAAGAAAAUGUAAAAAAAUCAGAAGAGAUACCUAAAAGUAUUCCGUACGAAAGAGGCCAAGAACUCUUCGAUUUCAUGAACCAUCAGAAUGAAGAUGAAGAUAAGAAGGAUCCCAACAUCUUUACUUUGCCUUCGAACGAGUGGAAACCCGCAGAUAUUAGCACCGAUCCGUCGUCAUCUGAAACAGAAAAGAAUUUGCCACGAGAUGUCAAGAACAAGUUUGGCACUAUGUCACGUCACCAGAAAACAACAUCUUAUUCCAUGAACGAUCUUGAUCUCAUUCACCAUGGUAGCUCCGUGGGAAACGAUCUGGAAACAACCUUCAUCUUGCCGGUCAAGAGCGAAUCUACCAUGUCGUUAUACAGGUUGAACGUGGAACGAGACCUAGAUCAAUUAAUGAUUAGCCCAUCCAAGUCAGAGAACAACGUCAACGGUGACAGUGGUUUUGGUAGUGGUGCCCAGUCUACUAAUCCGAUUUGGUCCGGAUUCUUAUGUCGCAAACCAUCUGAUCCGUUUUGGAACAUUCGCAAGCCAUCAACUCACGCGGCUGCUGCUGUCACUCCAACAAAGAACUACCCCGGAAUUUUACAUCCUCGCAUGAGGAAAAUUCCGUGGAUUUCUGCUUGGAAGAAGCUCGAUGAGAACAGCGACCGAAAUGAAAUUAAGAAUUCGCAUCUGAAAGACAAUAAAAUGGGCUGGAUAGACAAUAUAACCUACGUAGCAAAACCUGAUCCUGCUAUGUCAAGUACACGAGACAACCAUGUAGGGACAAUCCAUGAAGAAUUGUCUGACGUUAAUAGUCCAAUAUUUAAUGAAGAUUAUAACUUAAAUAUUUUUGCCAAAGAAAGCGGUGUAUUACUAGAAAAUGCUUACGGGAAAAAUAGUUCGGGACGACUGUGGGGUAAAAGUAAAUUUUUACGGGCCUAAUGUGCAAUAUGAUUCGAAAGAUGACGAUUAUGGGAAUAGUGAAAAUAUGCUUGAAAACAGGUACGAUAAGCCUACGUGUAACACAAAUGAAAAUCAAGGUAAUUUCACAAAUUACAGCCGAAAAAUCGAAAACAUCUAUCAGCCUCUUAA